UCAAAUUGGGGAGACAUUCUUACAGAGUUGUCCACAGUUUCGUAUAUUUAAAAAGUCGUUAUGUAUAUUUACCUCUUUUAUGACAGUAAAAAUUGAGUGUUAUUAACGUUUAACUUACGACUAUUGCAUAUGCAAAUAACGGAGUACAAAAUUUACAUUAUUAAAUGAUAUACACAUUAAAAUUGUAAUAUUUAGUAAUUAUAUUUGUGAAUCGACAAGUACGUGAGAUUUUGGUAACAAUUUUUGAAGUAUUGUACAAAAUAUUUUAAGAUGAGUCUUUGGGUAGAUAAAUAUCGUCCGACAAUGCUCGGAAAAUUGGAUUACCACACAGAACAGGCAGAAUAUUUAAAAAAUAUGGUAAAAAAGGGAGAUUUUCCACAUUUAUUAGUUUAUGGGCCACCUGGUGCAGGAAAAAAAACUCGUAUAAUGUGUAUUAUACGAGAGUUAUAUGGAAGCGGAGCUGAAAGGCUAAGAAUGGAAACUAUGAAUUUUGAGACACCAGCUAAGAAAAAAUUGGAAAUAACAACGAUAAGCAGCAACUAUCAUAUAGAAGUAAAUCUUAGUGAUGUGGGAAUAUAUGAUAGAGUUGUUGUAAUGGAUUUGAUAAAGACAACAGCACAAACUCAUCAAAUAGACUCCAGUGGGCAAAGAGAAUUCAAAGUGGUACUGCUAACCAAUGUGGAUGAACUUACAAAAGAUGCUCAACAUGCCCUUAGAAGAACAAUGGAAAAAUAUGUUGCUACCUGUAGGCUAAUACUUUGUGCAAAUUCAACGUCGCGGGUUUUGCCAGCAAUAAAGUCGCGAUGUUUAGGAAUUAAAGUACCAGCUCCGUCAAUAUCAGACAUAAAAAAUAUCUUGCACUCAAUUUGUAAACGUGAAGGUUUAACUUUACCCGAUGAAUUAGCUGUUAGAUUAGCAGAAACAAGUGGUAGGAAUCUUAGACGAGCAAUAUUAAUGCUUGAAGCUUGCAAAGUCGAACAGUAUCCAUUUACUGAAAAUCAAAAAAUUACGGAACCGGACUGGCAAGUGUAUAUUCGAAACACGGCUAAUAUGAUGGUUAGCGAACAAAGUCCGAAAGAGCUUCUCAAAAUACGCAACAGACUUUAUGAGUUGUUGACGCAUGCCAUACCAUGUGAUUUAAUAUUUAAGGGUCUCUUACAAGAAUGCAUAAAGAAUUGUGACUUACAAUUAAAAAUUGAAAUCGCAACGGUUGCUGCCGAAUAUGAACAUAAGAUGCACAAAGGGUCAAAACCAAUUUUUCAUUUAGAAGCAUUUAUUGCUCGCUUUAUGUUAAUUUAUACAAAAUUUAUUCAGUCAUCUCUUGAAGGUUUUGAGUGAUAUAUUUAUUGUUUAUUCAAAUUAUA